AUGCCAUUUAAAUAUCAACCGAUUAAUGACUAUGAUAAUAAUAGUGUAAAUCGUCGUUUUCUGAAAAAGAUUAUUGUAGCAAUUAUUAUUAUAAUCGUAAUUUGCAUUCUCACUAUUUUAGCAUUAUGGAAAAAACCAAAAGAUCCAGAAAACUCGUACCUUAUAAUAGCAAAACAUGGUGCUGUAGCCACAGAGUUAGAUGAAUGUUCUGAUAUCGGAAUAGAUGUAUUGAAAGAAGGUGGAUCAGCUGUCGAUGCAGCAAUCGCGGCUCAACUUUGUGUUGGUACUAUUAAUGCAUUUUCUGCUGGUAUUGGAGGUGGAGGGUUUAUGAUGAUUCGCUUACCAAAUGGAACAGCAGAAUUUAUCGAUUCUCGAGAAACUGCGCCACAGGGAGCGUAUAAAAACAUGUUUGUUAAGAAUCCUCUUUCUUCUUCUAUCGGUGGCCUUUCAGUUGGUGUUCCUGGAGAGAUUUAUGGAAUGAAGCUUGCGCAUGAACGUUAUGGAAAAUUGCCAUGGAAGCGUUUAUUUGAGCCAUCGAUAAAACUAAGUAGAGAUGGGUUUCCUGUUGGUCGAGAACUUGGGAUAAGAUUAAAGAUGUAUAAAGAUAUAUUGGAACAAGAUCCUGCUCUGUCAGCGAUCUACGCUCCCUCGGGUAAACUCUUGAAGGAGGGUGAAAUAGUAUAUCGUCGUAAUUUUUCAAGAACUUUAGAACUUAUCUCUAAGAAUUACACUGAAUUUUAUGAGGGAAGCAUAGCACGAUCAUUGAUCGAAGAAAUAAAUAGACAAGGUGGUAAUAUGACGUAUGAUGAUUUUAAAAAUUACAAAUCUAUUAUACGUGAACCUGUAAUUGGCUAUUUUCAUGGAAGAAAGAUUAUUACAACGUCGGAACCUACAAGUGGACCAUCCCUCAUAUUUAUGCUAAAUUUGUUGGAAAAUUAUGGGAUGUCUAGAUUAGACGGAACAAACAUUCAGAGGAUUGUAGAAGUGAUGAAAUUCGGGUUCGCAAGGCGCACUGAAAUGGGUGAUCCAGAAUAUUUCCGUGAUCAAGCUGCACACGAAGCUCGAAUACAAGAAAUAAUUUCAAAAGAAUAUGCAGCAUUGGUUCGGCCUAAUAUUUCUGAUACUCAAACAUUCGACCCUAACUACUAUAACCCAUUAUUUGAUCAAACAAAUGAUCAUGGAACCACUCAUGUAUCAGUUUUAGACGUUAAUGACAUGGCCGUUUCACUUUCUUCUACUGUUUCUCCUGGAAAAAGGCCACUGUCAUCAACAGUUCCAACAAUUGUUGAAAAUGAAAACGGGAAAGUUGAAUUAGUUACUGGUGGUAGUGGUGGAUCUAAAAUUUUAACUGCUGUUUUACAGGUAUUAUUAAACGUAUAUGACUUCGAUAUGAGCUUGUUGGAUGCCAUCAAUUUUCCUAGAGUUCAUCAUCAAUUAUUACCCAAUUUAAUAAAAGUAGAACAAGGACUUAAUUACGAGUUAGUCGAUAAAUUAUUAACAAUUGGACAUGAUGUCCUAUUACAUAAUAUAGAAGAUAGAGUUCAUUCAUGUCAAGUACAGGCUGUUAGAAAAUUUGAAGACGGAACUAUUCAUGCUGUGAGUGAUUUCAGAAAGAAUGGAAUCGCUGCCGGAUAUUAA